GAGGGAAAAGUUGAAGCAAUGCAAGCACGGUAGACUUCUCUUUCCUCCCCUCCCCCCCCCCCCCUUUCUUUCCCCUACUCCUCUCUUCCCAAACUGGAUCAGUGUGUAGGGAGGGCAGUCAUCACGACAUCCUGAGCAGCAAGAGCUGACGCUGAGCGAAGCUGCCAGGUAGCUGAAAAAAGGCGCAGAAAGCAGCUGAUACCCACUUUUCAACGGUUUGUGUUUUUUUAGUCUGAGUCUGGACUUCAAGCAACACAGCGCCUGAGACAGCUCAUCUGAACCACACUGUGUUGCAAUACUCGCUCUUCUCAAGGAAAAAGACUCCAUCGAGUAGCAGAAUGCUGCCAGUGUCGCAGCGAGGGCUACAAUACAGAGGCUUUUUGUAACAUUAGAAAUUUCUUUCGGUUCAUACAUUUAGAGAUACGUACAUACACUCAUACAUCAGUUCUUUCUUUUUUUUGAGGGCACCUUUGGCUUUUUUUUUUUACCCUGAUGUGACUUCUUCAUCUUGGAAUGAUGGGGAUCUUUCUAGCUUAUGUUGGAUUCAUUUUCUUUUCAGUUAUGUAUAUUCAACAAGGACUUUCUACCCAAGCAAAAUUCACAGAGUUUCCCCGAAAUGUCACAGCCACAGAAGGGCAGAAUGUGGAGAUGUCUUGUGCUUUCCAAAGUGGCUCCACUUCGGUGUACCUCGAAAUCCAGUGGUGGUUUCUGCGGGCAGCUGAGGACCAAGAGGCUGGAGCUGAGGUGACAGGCACUCAGGUGGAGCUCCUGCCCGAGCGGGACCUGGACAGCGACGGCACGAAGAUCAGCACAGUGAAAGUACAAGGGAAUGACAUCUCCCACAAGCUGCAGAUUUCAAAAGUGAGGAAAAAGGAUGAAGGCUUGUAUGAGUGCAGGGUGACCGAUGCCAACUAUGGAGACCUUCAGGAAUACAAGGCCCAGGCAUUUCUCAAGGUCAAUGCUAACAGCCACUCUCGGCGAAUGCAAGCCUUUGAGGCAUCCCCAAUGUGGUUGCAAGACAUGAAACCUCGUAAAAACAUCUCAGCAGCUGUCCCAAGUAGCAUCCACAAUUCUGCCAAUCAGCGUGUGCGUGCCACCUCCAGCCCCGAAGCAGCAGCCAAAAUCCCCAAACAAAGUCCACAAUCAGGUGCGAGGAUAGCUACAAGCCAUGGACUUUCUGUCCUGCUUCUUGUUUGUGGCUUUGUGAAGGGUGCUUUGCUUUAAUCUAAAAGUGCUGACUUUUUCCAAUAUCACUUUCUCUUCUUAAAGCAAAGAGCAAAUCGCCUGUAAAAUCCACGGAGCGGACAGCAAAGUUGACCCUAACCUCCAACCACCACUCUGCACCCAAUGUACUCUAAAUCUCUACACAAGGAGCACCUUCUUCAGGAAGUACAAACAAAAUUACUAAAUAAAUAAAAUAAAAUAAAAUAAAAUAAAUAUUAUAAAAAAAAGAAGAGGAUACCACGUUUUCUUGAUAUAUCUUAUUUUCUUUGGCGUAUCACUGAUAUUUUAUUUGAAGAGAACUGGUGUGAUGUAAUCAAACGUUUUGUAACAGCAAGACCUAGUUUCCUUUUCUUUCGGCAAGGAGAAGCCUCAUCCUUGACUUCUCAGGGGUUGGCCUGCGAGUCAUCAGUAUUACAGAAUUAACCAUGGAUGACAUUUGGUUUCCUACACUGAAAGAACCAUUCCAGCCUGGAAGCAAAAAGAGGCCAAAUAAUGAAACAAACCAUAGUGAUUUAACAUCGACCCAAAUAAAAUACACACAAACUUUAUCAAAAAGCCUUUUUUUUCCUUUUUUUUUUUUUUUUUUGGCAUGAGAAAUAGGGAGGAGAAAAUUAAUUCCACAAAGCAGCUCAGCAGACUAGAGGAUGUUGUUUCUGGAAAACAAAUGAGGGUAUUUUUCUUUUGAGUUUUUUUUCUUUUUCUUUUUUCUCUUUUUAAUAUAUUAUUCUUUUUCCCCUGUGAGGUUUUUUCCUGUCUUUUUGUUUGCUUCUUGUACAAUGGUGGCAAUUUCAUACUUAGGCCAACCCCUGAUGAUUGUGUGGAGGUUUAUAUAUAUACAUCUUUUUUUGUGUGUGUGUGCGUUCUAUAUUUCAGUGUGUUUUCUCUAAUUUUGCAACUCCUGUAUAUGCAAAACUAACUUAAAUUCUGUAAAUUGCUUACAGUCUGUGUGAUAUAACUUCAGAGUAGACAUACUUUGGUCCUCAUGCAAGCCAGUUUUUAAUAUUAUCUAUAUGUCGUGCCACCGAGAGACAUUUUAAUUUCUUUUUUUGACAAAACAUCACUUUUACUUUGUAAUUCAGUAAUGUGUGGAUUUUGUAAUACAUAUUCUUCACUUUGACUGGUUUGACUCUCUUCAGCCCUCUGUUUACUCUGUAAAUGCACAUUAAAAUUUGUUAUGGUCUCUAGACAACAAAUUAUUUUAGUUUGUAUGUUGUGUUGGAGUUCAGAUGCUGAAAGCUCUUUUAACUUGUGAUGUUUAUAGAAGAUGAAGUGAUUCAACUACUAGAGACUGUAAAAUGCAGGUUUGCAGUCAAAUACUGCAUGUAAAGGAACGUUAGAAACAGAAAACAGUCAAAUAAACCAGAACAUGACUUAAAGGAGGUUCUUUUGGUAAAAAGUUAUAGGAAAGAGAAUUUAUUACACUGAUAAACUAUAUUCUCAUCACGGUUCCUCUACAUGGCCAAAGAAGCGUUUUUCUUUGCUUUUUCUGGAAGUGUAUUUUCAUUACUCAUUGAUAUUCUUAAUUAAAAUAUUUUUUGUCUGUGAAAUGAACAUGAGAAUUUUGCUGUUGGAUGAUGUAAUAUGCGUUACAUGAAUUACAUUCAUUAAUGCAGGAAGCAAAAAUUGCUACCAUUUGCAGCUGCAAUCAGGAAGGUUUUUUUCUUGUUCCCCUCUUUCCACUGAUGCUGAAAAAUUCACACCCUUUCAUUUAUCAGCUCAGACAAUCACAUAUACCACAUGCUUAUUAUGAUCUAUUUACAGCAGCAUUAAGUAGUUGCAAUGUGGUCAGAUGUGUGAUUUCUCCUCACUUUGUAAGCAAUGUAGAAGGAAGCAAAAAACUAUGUUUAAUAUCUCACCAGUCCGUGGUCAACAAGCCUAGCAUUUUAUCUCAAAACUCUCAUAAGUCUGAAGUCUUCCUCCAUUACUUUCAAAGGAUGAAUAUCAAUUAGGGGCCUAGAAUCAACACUUUGGAACACUGAUGGUUUGAAAGAGGAUAAUGUAUUUGUGCGGUUCUAAUUUCCCAUACAUUCUGUACUAUAAGCUUGAUUGGGAAUAGUCAGUCUUUCUUUGAUUUUAAUCUAAGCAGUAAUAAAGAGAGAAGACAUUUGGUGUAAUACAGACAAAUCAGGAAUAACUGUCAGAGAAAAAGGAAAAAAAUUCUUCUAUAUUAACAUAAAAUUUAUAACCCACUUGGAAUGUUGUCUAUUGAAAAAGUUUUGCUCCAUAGUAACAACAGCCUACUGAUAGAAAGAUUAAAAACAGUCCCCAUUUAAAUGUUCUUAAUCAAAACCAACAUUGUGGAUCAGAGAGGAUGUAAAAGAAAAGAGUAAAGAGUCAGACCUUUUUGAAGUCUCACUUUCUGAACACACCGAUGGAACCAAACUUUCAGAACUCUGGAGAGAAAUCUAUAUUUUCACCAUGAAAUGGAUGUCUAUGACUGGAUGAUAUGAGAAUCUCCUGCCUGGAGCUUGGAAACUUCAGUUUCCAUUGGUAUUAACUGGAACCAAAUGCUUAAUGUCACAUGUUUUUUUGUUGGUUUACUGUAUCCAUAUAACUUGUAUGACUAUUCCAUGUAUGCACAGUCAUAUAAACUACUCACAGUGACAUAUGGCAUUUUGCAGAGCACUUUAGCCUCACAAUGUUAAGAGUUGUUACUAUGUUAAACUGAUAUUGUGUUUUGUUUUAUGCUGUUAGCUGCUUGGAUAUAAAUCACCAUGUACUAGGAAUUCAGAUUAAAGAACGAGCUGAAAUUAAAAGCAGAAUUCUAGACCACUUGGCCUAGUGUGAUGCAAGUCAGGAGACAUUACCAAAAAAAGUGCCAUAUUGUGAUCUGCUAUUGUUCAACAGUAUCAGCAGAAAAAGACCAAAAAAAAAUCUGUAGGACUUUUGAAAAACCUUUAAAUCUUGCAUGAGAUGCGAAGGGGAUACAAUAACUGUCCUCUUUCCUCCCUCCAUUGGAUAAUAUGCCCAAAUUCUUCCGAUGAGGCUGAUCCAGCCUUUCUGGUUGCAGAUCUAGAACACAGCUUUAGAGUUUCUGCCAAUCUGUGUGGAUGCAGAAGCAACAUCUCCUAACAGGAGAAAGAAUUGCAUUUCUAAAUUCUGUUUUGUCUUAACAUCUUAAAAGCCAUUCUUCAGAUUGAGAAUCUUCCUGAAGGUCCCAGAAAUUCUCAUAAUGGAAGUCAAGCUUCAACAGUCCCCCUUUUUUCUAAGAAUGGAGUUAUGAAUAAUAUUUGGUAUAGAAAUGCAACUAUUGCCAAUUUCUGUCUGGUGCAGUUUUAGUUUGGCUUUAACACCAAUAGAUAAAAAAAUUAGCUUAAUUACAUCCUUUAAAGGUCCUUAUUGAGUUAGGUAUCUAAAAGGUCAAUUUACAUCUAGAAGUGGUAAAAUCUCUCAACCUUUCCACAAAAACAGUCCAGUUUGGAGAUGGUCAUUUACAUGACUCAUGCUUCUCACUAUGUGUCCCCAAGGCCUCAUUGUAUAUGUGACUUUCUUCGGAUCAUUCCAACAAUUUUUGUUUUUAAUGAAAGAAUAAGCAUGGGUAAGUAUGGAACACUUGUAUUUCAAGGUAUAUGCCAUCUACAUUCACACACUUUGAGAUCUGGUAUUUCAUCAGACUAAAAGAAACAUAUUCCAGCCCCAUUAAAUUUAAUGACAGUUUUUGUAUGACAUGAAAAAAAGAUCUGUGGCAUUUUUGUACUACUAAUCAAUGAUUAGUACUGCAACAGAGCCUGUCUCAAAAAGUCUCAUUUUCUAUGGUUACUCAUAUUCCUUUAAGCUCUAGAAUUUCACGUAUACAAGUUGUUGUGUAACAUGUUUGAACUUUCCUUUCUUAGUUGCCUUUUGUAGAUUCUUCAAAUUUGUGGAGCAUGAGGGAUGCUUAGACCAUAGAUUUAAAAAUCUUGGAAGACUAAUUUAUCAGAUCCUCAGAUCUCCUAUUAAGAAAGGUACUAGAAAAUGUGCAUGGUAAAUGCCAAAUCUAUCAUGAGUUAUUAUUAUUUCUUUUUCAUUCUCAGCAUUGAAAAUUUAUAUUACAGCAAUACCUGAAGCCAAAGAUCAGAAGUAGGUAUAAACAUAUGAGACAUCAUGGCAAAUGCAAUAGGACUGCUUAGAGGUUCAUACUUAUGCAUGUAAUUCAGUGCUGCUGUGAUUUAGGAUCAGAACACGCUCUAGAACCAGUUUUUCUCACAUUCAUUCUUCAAAGUAUUUUUGCUUCGUUCAAAUAAAAUGAGAAAACAGUGGCCACUGCAAAAAUCUGAAUGUUUGCCUAAUAUUUUUCAGUGUUAGACAUUUCACUUCUAAUGAUCUUUACAGUAAUGUAUCAUUCAUAAUUUAAUUCAUCGUUUAAAAAAAAAAAGAAAAGAAACUGCACUGCUGUCAAUCUUUGGUUCCUUCCUCAAAAAAAAAAAAAAAAAGGAAGAGAGAACAAUUCAAACCUUUGUCAUUUGCAGGGUAUGGGAAUAUUUGUCCAUGAUAUUAUUAUUGGUAAAUGUCAGAUGUUGUUUACAGAGCUAAAAGCAUUAGGAACCAAGAAUGGGAUCAUCAUACUUUGCAAUAUAAAUUUUUAAAGGUUAAUGUUCAUGAUUAGCUCAGCUAUACAAUGCUAAGCACACAGUUGCUUAAUGAAACUCACCAUAAAUGCCUUCAGUCUUUUGUUCUGAGCUUCCUAAAUAUUUACUUAUUUGAUUUCACAGUCAUAAAAUUUGCAGAUAUGUUGACAUAGUUGAAAGAUUAUACAUAUUUUUUCUAGUGCUCUUCAUCCUAUCAAUAAAAGGAGAAAGUUAAAUCAAUCUGUAACAAUGAAUCACAAUCAAUUUUUAGGCAUAUUUGCAAAGAAACAGAAGUACACUUUCUUGAGAGUCAAGUUUAAUUGCAAUCUUAUUUCAUUUUCUCCUUUUUCUACUAUUCUUUUUCUGCCAAAAUUUCAAUCUAAAACCCAGAAAAUACUGUAUAUCUUACUACUUCUUACAAAGUGACAGAGGACAAAAUAAUGUCACCUUUGUUAUGAAAGAAUGUAGGGAGGAAAAAGGAGGGGAAAAGAAUCUUUUCAUAUAACAAUAGUCUAAAUAUCUGCAGUGCCCAUCACCUCAAAAUAUCUUGAUAUAUAUAUAUAAUUUGAAUUCCAACUAUAUCAUUCUGACAGUAGAGAUGGUCUUCAGUUGGGAGCAAAUGAAUUAACUUAUUGAAAUGAUCCUUUACAUUAACAAUACAGCAGAGAAAGAGGUCUUAACUGUAUAUGAGAGUAUUUACAGACAGCUCAUAAGGAAGCCAAAAUGUACAUAAUAGACUAUUAAUUCCUUUCUUCUUUUUAUAUGCCAUGAACUUGAAGACUGAGAGAUUGGGUCUGACAGCCAGCUGCUUAAAAUAAACUAUUCCAUUUAAAACUCUGAAGAAGCAAAUUCGUUAUUAAAAUGAUUUGUAUAACUAUAACCUUUUAGAUUAUAUGGGGUUUAGAUUUUUAAGCAAAGUUAUAUAUAUUAUAUAUAAUAUCCUUGUAUAUUCAAUUGAGAAGGAAGGAGACAAUGAAUUCUUUUGCUACUUCUGAUAGAAGAUUAUGUUUAUUGCUGCUGAUUGUUUUCAAUAUCAAAUGACUAAACAGACCCUUUAAAUCACUUCUUAAAAAAUCGAGUGCCAGUUUUUCUAUCACCUACAAUACCCUUCAGUUUUUGAUUGUUAACCAACACUGGUUCAGAUUUUUAAAAUGUUGCUUUUUCCUCAUAAUAGAAAAGAAGGAAUCUACACUUUAUUAAAAAUAAAUGUCAACAUGUUUACUAAA